GCUUUUUGUAUUUGUUGUUUAGAAAGAAAAUUAUUGAAUAAAAUAUUAUUGUUUUUCAAUAUUAGAAGAGAAUAAUCUAUUAAAGAUAAAAGUUUAAACAAAUAUUUCAAAAUAUUAAGUAAAAAGCAAACAUUAAAUGAAAAUAUAAACAAAAUUUGAAUUGUUAAAGUUACAGGUCUAUGAGAAAAUUAUUAAAAAAAAAAACUAUUAAAUUAAAAGUGAACGCCAAUACGAAGUCCAAACACUAGGUGAGUGUGCAGACAUAAAACUAAAAGACAAACAGACGGGAAGAGAAAUAAUCUGAAGAAGAAAAUUAAGCAACAUAAAAGAUCUCUGUUCUAAAAACAUAAAAAUGAGCGAUCAAAGUAUGCUGGACAAUACCACAGUGCCCCCAGUGGUACCCACAAAUCCUCAUGAAAUUGCCUUGCAAUCAUUAUGCAAACAAUUGCUGAAAUCUCUUUUAUUUAGGGGCUUCUAUGUGGAGAGACGCUAUGUGGAAAAUGUCAAAGGUUAUCGAGAUAUAGUGAGUUUACAAAAGUCUGAGAAAAGUUUGGAUAAAAUGCUAAAAGACAUACGCGAUAAAUUGCAAUUGUUCUAUAGUCAUCAGAAUCCGCAAAUGUGGAUUGGUAUCACCAGUGGCCCCUUGCCUGGCAUCAGUACACCACAGCCUGCUGCUUUAGAAACCCAUUUAUGGGUAGAAAUGAAAGAUUUAGCUUUUGGCCAGUAUUGGUUUAGCAUAAAAAGUAUACGUUUUCGUGAUAAUGAAAUCAUUUUAAAAUUGAAAGAAGUACAACCCGUAGAAGAGGAGGAAGUGCCUAAAUGGGCUCCCAGUUCGAGCAGCAAAAAGGCAAUUUGUGAUAAUACCCCUACAACUAUAGAAAACUCAGCCCCCAACACCACCUUAUCCUUGGAAAAUCAAAUUACUUUCGAUGAUUUCAUGCUAUUACUCCAACAAUGGUGGGCCACCAUCAAACAAACUAUUUACGAUUUCAUGUCGCAAGAUAUUUCCAAAGAAAACCUUAAGGGUGUCUUAAGAUUUUUGGGUCUACUCAUUGUUUCCAUACUAUCAGGUGCUCUAGUGGGUGUCAAAUUCUUAGGAAUUUUUACUCUACGCUUUAUGUUUGAACUCAGCCGUUUAACGCAUGUCUUAACGCCGAUUAUUUUCAAAAUAAUCGAAGUGUUUAAUAAAAUGAUUGGUGGUUUUUAUAUACUUUUGGCUAUGAUUUGGAAAGAUACGGUGGUCAAGCGAAAUCAACCACAACAUAAUGCUCUGGAAUACAAUCGUCCUAUGUAUAAGAGUAUAGAGUAUGAUGUCAGACAAAGGCGUCAAGCGGCAUCAACAAAUUUUGAUAAAUCUUUUCAAUAGAAUUUUUAAGCAGUUUUAAAAAUUGGACUUGGAAAAGUACUAUAAAAUUGGUCGUGCACAAUGUUGGAGUUAAAGAAGAGAUCGCACAACUAUUAGUUGUCUUCUAGACGUGUUCGCAACUAUAUUUAUACAAUUCUUUAACAAUUUAUUACCACUACAGAUAUUCUUUUUAAAAUAUUUUAUUUAUUUUUUAUUAUAAAUUAUACAAAUUUAAAGAGGAAACGAAAAUUAUUCAUAAAAUUAAUCUUUAGUGGAAACAAAUUUUAAAAAUAUAAAUUUUAUUUUCUAUAAAAUAUAAUUUUUAGUAAUUAGUUUCCAAUUCAAUUUUUUUUUUCAUAUUAUUAUUUUAUAUUCUGAUUAAAAGCUAAAAAUCAGACAACAUAUUUAUUUUAGGCGUAGUUUAAUACUUGCAACGGGAAAUGUUAUUCCAAUUUAUGAUAAACAUUUUCCAACGAUUCCUUUAUCAUACUGAUACUAACAAGGCGUCAUGUGAUGAUUACUGAUAUUCGAUUUUUUCCUAAGAUUAAAAACUAAUUUUAGUUUAAAUUUAGUUUAACUAAUAUUUUUAUUGAAUUUUCUUAAUUGUAAAACUAUUUUAAUUUAUUUUCAUUUGAUUUCAAUUUAGUUUACUUUAUGUCCUGUAUUUGUCCUGUUAGAGUUAAUUAAAUAAACAAUUAUUGUAGAAUAGAGCGAAAAUAAUGUUAAAGAUUUUCCAAGUUUUCCGUUAUAUAAUGAAAAUCGUAUUUAAACACUAUCACAAGAAAUUUAAUAUAUUUUAUAAUUUAAACGAUUUUCUUCGCAUAACUCUUACAUAAUUUUCCAAAUAUUAUUAAUAGUUCAAUUUUAUAUAUUUUUUGAUAUACAUUUUAUAUCUCUAUUUUAUUUGCACUUGCCUCUUUAUAGUUAAUUGCUGGAAAUCCCAUAUUUCAUGUUUAUAUAAACCAUUAUAAUUUAUAAGAUAUAUUGACGAACAAUUAAAAUAUAUAUAUUUUUUUAAAUUUGUCUAAAGUUCAAUUUAACAAUAACUUUUAUAUAAUCAAUAAGAUUUUACUUUUAUAAAAAGUAUAGAAAAUAUUAUAAAAAUGAUAAAAAUUUAAUAAUUAUUAAAAAUUUAUUAAGGUGCUUUGACAAAUUGUUUAAUUCGAUACAAUCAUUUAGUAGUUAAGUUUAAAAAAAAAAUGUUAAUAAAAA